GGUGCCGUGCCCGGGGUGCCAUGGCGUGCGCGGAGCGCUGCCGCUGCUGCGCGGGCGGCAGGCGGCACACCAGCAUCCUCUACAACAUCCUCCGGAGCGAGGAGCGGGCGUCGUCGCCGGCGGGGCAGGGGCUGAGGCGGCGGCAGGCGUCCCGCGGCUGCCCGUGCGGCUCACGGCGGCGGGUGGCCCUAAGGAGCCCGCAGGUGGCAUGCAAGGCGGCCUCGGCCGUGCUGGUGAAGACGCUGCGCUUCGUCCAGAACGUGCCCUGCUUCCAGGAGCUGCCUCUGGAGGAGCAGCUCCUGCUAGUCCGCAGCUGCUGGGCGCCCCUGCUGGUGCUGGGGCUGGCGCAGGACCGGGUGCACCUCGAGACGGUGGAGAGCGCGGAGCCCAGCAUGCUGCAGCGGAUCCUCACCACCCGGCGGCACGGCGAGCAGCCCCCGCCGCGGGGACACGGCCUCAGUGGCGGCGGCCCGCACCUGCCCUCGGCCGGCGGGAUUCAGGCUAUCAAGGGCUUCCUGGCCAAGUGCUGGAGCCUGGAUAUCAGCACCAAGGAGUACGCUUACCUCAAGGGAACGGUGCUUUUCAACCCGGAUCUACCUGGCCUGCAGUGUACGCAGUACAUUGAAGGACUGCAGAGGGAAGCACAACAAGCUUUAAAUGAACAUGUCAGACUUAUUCACAGAGGUGAUGAAGCCAGAUUUGCCAAGCUGAAUGUUGUUCUAUCCUUGUUAAGAUCUAUCAGUGCUAAUGUUAUUGCUGAAUUAUUCUUUAGGCCCAUCAUUGGAGCAGUGAACAUGGAUGACAUGCUUUUGGAAAUGCUUUGUGCAAAAUUAUAAAGGCAUGUAAAACAAUAAGUCCAGUUGAAAGGGAGCCCUGAAGCAGAAUAGUGUAAAGUACUGUAAAUAAACUAACUUAUUGUUUUUACAUAGAUAGUAUUUUUGUAUUCCGUAAUAAAAUAUUCUUCAAGUUCUGAAAUUUUUAGUAAACACUGUGGUUUUGGAAUAAGAUUACAGUUAUCAAAGCAAGCAGUUGUGAAGAAUGUUCAUAUCCAAAGUCAACAUUCUUUUACGAUGUCUCUAAAUAAAGAUCAUACUUACUAUAUUGUACUUU